CUGUAGUAUGUUUAUUCGUGAUGGUGACAUCUUCAAGAGACGACAGAUGAAAAUGGACCCUUUCUUGUGACGUCGGAUUGUUGCGCCCGUGUUGCAAAGGAAAGCUAAGAUACCGUGAGCUUUUGUUCUGUUUUGUACAAACUAUAGCAACAUGCCCAAAGUAAAGAGGAGUCGGAAGCCGCCUCCAGAUGGCUGGGAGCUCAUUGAGCCAACUUUAGACGAGCUGGAUCAGAAAAUGAGAGAAGCUGAAACAGAGCCUCAUGAGGGAAAGCGAAAGGUGGAGUCUCUUUGGCCAAUUUUCAGGUUGCACCAUCAGCGGAGUCGAUACAUCUAUGAUCUGUUCUACAAAAGGAAAGCCAUCAGCAGAGAGCUGUAUGAGUACUGUAUAAAGGAAGGCUAUGCAGACAAGAACCUGAUUGCCAAAUGGAAGAAGCAGGGCUACGAGAACUUGUGCUGCCUGCGUUGCAUCCAAACACGAGACACCAACUUUGGAACCAACUGUAUCUGCAGAGUCCCCAAGAGCAAGCUGGAAGUCGGAAGGAUCAUUGAAUGCACCCACUGUGGGUGCAGAGGAUGUUCUGGUUAAGUCCACUUUGCGGACAUCUGGUCUACUUUUUGUUGGGCAUCAGGACUCGCCCAACCUCCAUCUCUCAUAUCCCCAAAUCAACAUUGUCUUAUUUCAACUGCAUCAGAAAUAAAUGACUGAUGAGCUUCACCAUCAUCCUCAUCUUCCCUAAUAGGGGUGGGUAAAGGAGGAUCCACUGACAGGGGCCAUAUUGUAGAACAUGCAUUUGUGUCUUUUUUUUUGUUUGUUUUGUUUUGUUUUUUCAAGAUUUUCUGCCCUCCUCUGCAAAAGUAGGAAGUUGAAGUUAGCAGUUCCUAGAUCAGACCUGUCAUUCCAGCAUGUCAAACUAACUUUGGAGGUUAUUUUACAUUUUAGUAUGUUUCAUUUCAUUUUAAGAAGGCUGGGAUGGAAAUAUUUUUUGUUUGAAAUAUUAUUGUUUUUAAUUUUAAAGCUGUUUCUUCAUCAUUGUUCUUGUAAUCUAAUUUUAAAUAAAACCAUUCUGGUUUAA